CUAAAGUAGCUUCCCGUUAGUAUACUGAAAUACAAAGUCAUGUUCAUAACUGUUAAUUUAAAGUAACACCACCAUCAUUGGAGUACUUUUAGUUAUAUGUGAUUGGGACUACCAAGCAUGUUGCUCUUAUUCAGUGUAAUCCUAAUCUCAUGGGUAACCACUGUUGGGGGAGAAGCAACACUUUGUGAUUUUCCAAAAAUACGCCAUGGAUUUCUGUAUGAUGAAGAAAAUUAUAAGCCAUUUUCCCAAGUUCCUAUAGGGGAAGUUUUCUAUUACUCCUGUGAAUAUAAUUUUGUGUCUCCGUCAAAAUCCUUUUGGACUCGCAUAACAUGCACGGAAGAAGGAUGGUCACCAACACCAAAGUGUCUCAGAAUGUGUUCCUUUCCUUUUGUGAAAAAUGGUCAUUCUGAAUCUUCAGGACAAAUACAUCUGGAAGGUGAUACUGUACAAAUUGUUUGCAACGCAGGAUACAGCCUUCAAAACAAGGAGAAAAGCAUUUCAUGUGUAGAACGGGGCUGGUCCGCUCCUCCCAAAUGCAGUUUCACUAAAGAAGAAUGUCAUGUUCCAAUUUUAGAAGCAAAUGUAGAUGCUAAGCCAGAAAAAGAAAGCUACAAAGUUGGAGAUGUGUUGAAAUUCUCCUGCAGAAAAAAUCUUAAAAGAGUUGGACCAGAUUCAGUUCAAUGUUACCAAUUUGGGUGGUCACCCAACUUUCCUACAUGUAAAGGACGAGUACAGUCGUGUGGUCCACCACCUCAGCUCUCCAAUGGUGAAGUUAAGGAGAUAAGAAAAGAGGAAUAUGGACACAAUGAAGUAGUAGAAUAUUAUUGCAAUAAUAAUUUUAUAAUAAAAGGACCUAAGAAAAUACAAUGUGUGGAUGGAAAAUGGACAACUUUACCCACUUGUGUUGAGCAAGUGAAAACAUGUGGAUAUAUACCUGAACUUCAGUAUGGUUAUGUUCAGCAGUCUGUCCCUCCCUAUCAACAUGGAGUUUCAGUGGAGGUGAAUUGCAGAAAUGAAUAUACAAUGAUUGGAAAUAACGAGAUUACCUGUAUUGAUGGACUAUGGACAGAGCUCCCUAUGUGUGUUGCAACACACCAACUUAAGAGGUGCAAAAUAUCAGGAGUUAAUAUAAAAACGUUAUUCAGGUCAUCUGGGAAUGAAUUUAAUCAUAAUGCUAGAAUACGUUACAGAUGUUUAGACAUCCGUGGAUACAGGCACUCAGUCUGCAUAAACGGGAAAUGGAAUCCUGAACUAGACUGCACAGAAAAAAGGGAACAAUUCUGCCCACCGCCACCUCAGAUACCUAAUGCUCAGAAUAUGACAACCACAGUGAAUUAUCAGGAUGGAGAAAAAGUAGCUGUUCUCUGUAAAGAAAACUAUCUACUUCCAGAAGCAAAAGAAAUUGUAUGUAAAAAUGGACGAUGGCAAUCAUUACCACACUGUGUUGAGUCUACAGCAUAUUGUGGGCCCCCUCCAUCUAUUAACAAUGGAGAUAUCACCUCAUUCCCAUUAUCAGUGUAUCCUCCAUGGUCAACAGUGACGUACCGUUGCCAGUCCUUCUAUGAACUCCAGGGCUCUGUAACUGUAACAUGCAGAAACAAACAGUGGUCAGAACCACCAAGAUGCCUAGAUCCAUGUGUGAUAUCUGAAGAAAACAUGAACAAAAAUAACAUACAGUUAAGAUGGAGAAACAAUGAAAAACUUUAUGUAAAAACAGGGGAUACUGUUGAAUUUCAGUGUAAAUUCCUAUAUAAAGCGAAGAUAUCAUCACCAUCAUUUCGAGCAAUCUGUCAAGAAGGGAAAUUUGAAUAUCCCAUAUGUGAAAGAAGCGAGCUUAAUUUUCCUGUAUAAAUUCUUAAAACAUACAUCUAUGCUAAAAGUAGCCAUUAUGUAGCCAAUUCUGUAGUUACUGCUUUCAUUCUUUCAGGUGUUGUUUAACUCAGUUUUAUUUACAACUCUGAAUUUUCAGAGUUUCUGAAAUUUGUAAGCUGAGAGAACAAUGCUUCACUUAAUAAGAGGGGGUCUUAGUCCAUUUUACAUUGUUAUAACAGAAUAUCACAGACUGGGUAACUUCUAACCAAUAGUUUAUUUGUUUCAUAAAUCUAAAAGCUGGGCAGUCCAAGAUUGAGGGGCUACAUCUGGUGAGGGUCUUCUCAAAGCAUCAUAAUAUGGUGGAAGGUAUCACAACAUGGUGGAAGGCAUCACGUGGCAAGAGAGCAUGUACAUGGGAGUGAGAGAAAAAGGGGGAGAGAGAGAGAGAGAGUGGUGGGGGCGGGGAGGAGGAUAAACUCAUCCUUAAAGACACGACUCCUGAGAUAACAAUCCAAUCCCAUGAUAAUGGCAUUAAUCCAUUCAAGAAGGCAGAGCUGUCAUGACUUAAUCACAUCCUAAAGGGCUCACCUCACAACACUGUUGCAUUGGGAGUUAAGUUUCCACAUAAACUUUCGGGGACACAUUCAAACCACAGGAGGAAGUCAUAUUAUUCCUGGGCAAAUCACAAUAUGGGGAAUUGUAUUCAUAAAUGUCCACAGAGACAGUAAAUGUUCUCGCUUCAGUAAUAAUUCAUCUAAUCCCUCCUGUUUGUCUCAAAUUAUAAGAUAACUUUGAAGCUUUCUGAAUUAACUUUAUUUAAGAGGAAACUUAGAUGUUAUUUUAGUCUCUAUCUUCAUGUCAUCAUCACUUAAAAACCUGCAAAAGCUGUCAACUUUUAUGGUUGUAGCAAGUAUUAGUAAAUAUUUAUAAAUCCUCUAAUGUAAGUCUAGCUACCUAUCUAAUACUGAAUACCCCUUAAAGUAUUAAAUGCCCCAUCUCCUAUAAA